AACCAUGAUGCCUAAGCACUGCUUUCUAGGCCUCCUCAUCGUGUUCUUGACCGGUGCAACAGAAACACAGCCAGCCCAUGUAUCUCUGAAGCCCCAGAAGGUUCAAUUUCAGUCAAGAAAUUUCCACAACGUUUUACACUGGCAACCAGGAAGCCCCCUCGCCAGUAAUGGCAGCAUCUACUUUGUGCAGUACAAGAUGUAUGGACAGAGACAAUGGAAAGAUAAAACUGACUGCUGGGGGACCACCGUGCUCUUUUGUGACCUGACCAAUGAAACCUUAGACCCUUAUGAGCCAUACUAUGGGAGAGUAAUGAUGGCCUGGGCUGGAAGCCACUCUGCCUGGACCAGGACAACCCGCUUUACUCCAUGGUGGGAAACAAAACUAGAUCCUCCAGCUGUGACCAUAACCCGAGUUAAUGCAUCUUUGAGGGUGUUUCUCCGUCCUCCAGAGUUGCCAAAUAGAAACCAAACUGGAAAAAAUACAUCCAUGGAAAAUUACUAUAACUUAGUAUACCGAGUUUUCAUAAUCAACAACUCACUAGAGAAGGAGCAAAAAGCCUAUGAAGGAACUCAGAGAGCUGUUGAAAUGGAAGGUCUGACACCCCAUUCCAGUUACUGCGUGGUGGCUGAAAUGUACCAGCCCAUGUUCGACAGAAGAAGCCCAAGAAGCAAAGAGAGAUGUGUACAGAUUCCAUGAACUGGUCCGAGGUGCUGAAACCAGGAGGGUAUUGAGAAAGGGACGGCUUGUGACUCGAAUGGCUUACUAAACUUCUGUCUUAAUUUUCUUAGAGCAAUGUCUACCCACACAUUCCAAGUGUUUCUUUAUUAAUACUUUCUAUUCUGUUUAUUUCAGUUAUAAAGUAAAUUUGAACAGAUUCAAAGCUAGAAUUUAAAGAGGAAAAAAAAAAAGGAACAAAGAGCUUGUGGUGACAUCUUUAAUCCCAGUAUCAAGAGGCAGAAUCAGGCAGAUCUCUGACUGACUUUGGAGCCAGCCUGGUCUACAUAGAGUUCCAGGUUAGCCAGGGCCACACAGUGAGACCAUGUCUCAAUAAAAUAAGAUGUUAAGAUAAAAAUCUAUAAAACACAG